AUGGAUUACGAUGUUCUGAUCAUUGGCGGCGGCUUUGGGGGAUGCUACGCCUUACACCAACUGCGCAAGUUGGGCUUUUCGGCACACGUUGUGGAAGCUGGGUCGGCCCUCGGCGGCGUGUGGCACCGGAACGGCUACCCCGGAGCACGAGUUGACUCGGAGACGCCCUACUAUCAGCUUUCGUUGCGGGAGGUCUGGAAAGACUGGACAUGGUCGCAACGCUUUCCGGGGCACGAAGAGCUGAAGAGAUAUUUCACACACGUCGACAAAGUGCUUGACAUUUCUAAGGACGUGUCGUACAAUACUGUUGUGGUUGGGGCCGACUUUGAUAUGGCGACAGCCAAGUGGAUCAUCGAGACCGAUACAGGACGCAUCAUCACGUCGCGGUUCUUGAUUCCGGCGACGGGCAGUUCAAUCAAACGAUAUGAGCCCGAAUUCGCAGGAAAGAGUUCCUUCAAAGGCAUAGUGGUACACCCCGCAGCAUGGCCUGAUUCCGGAAUCGAUCUUGAGAACAAACGAGUUGCCAUCAUUGGAUCAGGCGCAACAGGGGUUCAAUGUGUGCAAGAAAUUGCUAAACAGCCUGGCGUAGAGCUGACAGUCUACGUACGAAAUGUCAACAUUGCACUCCCAAUGCGUCAACGCGAAAUCUCGGAACUCGAGCAGGACAGCUUGAAAGCGAUAUACAAGACACUUUUCAAGUUGGCGAGGGAUAGUAGUGCCGGGCUACCUUGCGAUGGACCUACCCAGGUUACAAAGGAGACAACAAUGGAAGAAAGGGAGGCAUGGUGGGAGGAGCUAUGGAAGAGAGGGGCCUUCAACUUCCAAGCAGGCCAGUAUAUGGACUUCUUGAUGGACGCGGAAGUGAAUCGUUUGAUUUACGAGUUUUGGUCAAAGAAAACCAAGUGCCGGUUGCAGGAUCCGGAGAAACGAGCCAUCUUGGUGCCUGACGAACAACCUUUCCCGUUUGGAACGAAGCGAAGCAGCCUGGAGCAGGAUUACUACGAAUGCAUGGACCAGGAUAAUGUGGAAGUGGUGGAUGUGAAGCAGAUGGGCAUCCGCGAAUGGACAGCACGAGGUAUCGUGACUGAAGAUGGAAAGGAGAGAGAGCAUGACAUUGUUGUGCUAGCGACGGGGUACGACAGUAUGACCGGAGCUUUGACAAGCAUGGGGCUCCGUGGGAAAGACGGCAUCGAUAUGAAAGAGAGGUGGAGACAAGGCGUUUGGACGUAUCUUGGCUUGAUGGCUCGAGGAUGUCCAAACAUGUUUAUGAUAUACGGGCCGCAAGCUCCUACGGCUUUGACGAACGCGCCGGUGUUCAUCGAGCAGCAAGUCGACUUUGUUACAGACUUCCUUGUGAAGCUGCGCACGGGGAACAUCACAUCCAUCGAGCCACGCCGUUCAGCUGAAGAGAAUUGGAAGGAAAAAGUACAAGCAAUACACGAGGCGUUGCUGUUUAGCAAGAGCGAUACAUCCUGGUACGUGGGAGGGAACAUUCCCGGCAAGAAGAAGGAACAGCUCAACUAUCUUGGUGGUAUUCCUCGAUACCUUGAAGAAUGCCGCAAAGGCACCAAGGACUGGGACAAUUUUGAAAUUACCUUGGGAGUUGGAAGCGCGGUAUGA